CCAAGUUUUGGCUAGUAGCCAGAACGUUCGACACCAAAGCAGACCGCCACACACACAUUUGAUACCGAUAACGAUACACCACCGAUAAAAUAAUAAUGCUAACAUUACAAUCGAUCACAGUGGCAUUGACGCUACUGAUGCUGGCCGAGAUUAGAACGUUGGCCGCCCCAGCACCCGUUCAAGUGAUCUACACCGGUGACGAGGGCUGCGCUUGCCCCACCAAACUGGGCUAUCAGCUAAAUGUGCCUAACCCGCCCAAGCCAAAGAAAUACGAGGGCGGCGACUACGGUUAUCGUGUGGAGAAACCCGUGCAGACCAAGGCCAAGAUCAGCUACAGUUUCGAUUUCACCGUGGAGCAACCGCGCACUCCGGUGCCACCCAAAAACAAGCCAUCGAAGCUCUAUGCCAAGGUGGAUCGCGUUGCCGUUCACAAGUCGGAUUGUCGUGCUGCCCAGAAGUCCAGCUGCAGUUGCAGCAGCUGCUCCGCUGACAAGCCAAGGUACGUAACCCCGCAGAUCAAUUCGAGUACGAAAGCGAGUACGAAUGCGAUUCGUCGUCGUCGCGAUCUCAGCUCACAUGGUUCGUUGUUGCGCAAGCGUUUGAUGCGCCAACAGCAGCUGCAAUCGCGUCCAGCUCGCUACGUCAAGUACUAUCACAAGGACCUCGAUAUGUCCCCAGAGCAACAGCACAAGAUGCGUCUCUUUGGCCUGCUGCCCGCUGCGGCGCCAGAGAUCGCAGCCAAGCGUAAGACCAAGAAAGCCACCGUGUUGAGUGCCAAGCACAGCAAACGCUGGCCCGGCUUUGGGACGCGUCGCAAGCGCGACAUCAAGGGUGAGUACGAUCUGCUGGAGCAGGAGCGUGCCAAGAUGGAUCUGACGGCGCCCGAGAUCAUCCAAUUCAUGCCCGAGACGCUCAAUCCGAACUUUAAGCGCGGUCAGUGCCAUACAGGAGGCGGUUGUUGUGGUGCCAUCACAGCCAGCGCACCGCCGCCCCCCGAGACCACCGAGACCGAAGCGAGAAUACGAGUGAGCAGCACCGAACAACCAAACAACGAAGAGUCCGAGGCGGAGCAAGCCGAGACGGAUGUGGAGCAACCAUCGCUGGUCAACUCGAUACCUGCGAAGCGUUCAGCGCUCAGCUAUUAUCCGGAGCAUCAGAUACCAUCGCCAUUGGCCGGAUCGUACAAUGAGUACAAGUUCGUCGAUGACUCGCAACUGCGCAGCUUGCUGUCGACCACCUCGGUGCCCGAUCCGCUGGAGCAGAGCUCGACGCCGCUGCAAUUUGCCGGCGAUCUGGAAGCGAUCCAUCGCCGCGGCAUUGGCAGCGGAUAUCCGGUGGAACAUGUGGCGGACACUCAACUCGAUAGCAUCAUCUCCGGCAUUGUGUAUCAGCACCCAGACUACGCUAAUCCCCAGUCGCAUUACGGUGGUUCGCUGGUGGAUCCCGAGCCGGUGCAAAAGAAGCAGACAACCGAUUUUCUCAAGAAACUGAUCGAUGGUCGUCUAGGUGGUUGGGGCUUUGAUACGUCCACCGAACCGGAAUCGGCUGUGCGAGCCGAUUAUUCAACGACGCCAUCGAAGACCUACGGCUUCAAUACUCACUCCCACAACGGGUAUAAUGUGGAAUCGUAUAAUGUGCCGCCGAUAACCGAUUAUCUGCGUGCCUGGUUCUAGAAUCUCUUGUGGGAUCCACUUGUAAUAUAAUACUACUAUACAUAUAUAGUUCUCUAGUUUUAACUAUAAAGAAACCUUUAAAAUACAACCACAAAAAAAAAAAGAGAAAAAA